AUGUCGUGUUGGGAAACAGAACUUGAAAGAGGGUAAAAUUGUGUAAACACGGCUUUUGAAAAACGGAACCACCCUUUUCAAUUUCAGACCUUCCGCAGCACUGUCUUUCUCCUUAUAAGCUUACUCUUUUUUAAAUGAGAAUAUUGUUUUUCCGGAUGAGGUUGAAUAUUCUUAUUUUUCUACCGAUUUCAGGCUGGAAAUGUUCUUGCGAAUAUUCUUAGAUUAUAGCGCGAAAUGUGACAUUUCUGUCUUGGAAUAUAAUAGCUUAAAAACCCUGAUUCAUAACUUAUUGCAGAAAUGUUAUUGACAACAAACGUGCGGCAAGUCCUGUCAUUGUUGCAAAAUCUCAGUCUCAGGUUUAUUCUUUAGAAGAUGUAUAUUUAUGUAUGCCGAUAGGAAAGAAAGUGUAUUUACAAAACUUUACCGAUCGUAAGGGAGUUUUAUUUACCCUAUCACAAAAUAGGUAUACGUGUGGCAAUUAUCAGGUCUUGGGAAUCGAUUGUAUCCAUGGCAUCAAUUCUUCAUAACCCUCUUGCUGGCUUGCUGGUUAAUUAUUUCAGCACUCACUUUGAAAGGUGCCAGACAUCGUGUUGGUGAUUAAUUUGUGGACGUUAUUUAUUCAUUAAGCUAAUGAUGGAAACGUCUGUCAGUGGCUAUACAGUCGAUUCCAAUGCCAUCACCCUCUAGGCUAUCAAUGCAACGCUUGAAACCUUCCUUCUCCAUGGUAUCAGAGGAAGUGACCUUAGAAACCUGGACAACAAUGAAUGCCGCCACUUUACCAGUGUUAUCGUCCAUAAGUGUGUAAGUGCCAGAAUUGGCAUUGCGUCCAAGGCUGUCACAACGCCCAUCACCAUGUAAAUUAAUGGCACUCUUGUUAACCAGCUCCUGCCUUACCAUUUGUUUUUCAUUUUCCCAUGCCUGAUUUAAAACUGGAAAAACAAACUGACGCUGGGUGUCAUAGAAAACACUCUCACUGAUAAAUUGCAAGUUCAAGUAUGAUGCUAACCGGCUUGGUUUUCUAUUUAUGAUUGGUUGGUAGUCCCAGUGGUUGAUAUGGCCAUCAAGACAAAUCAUUUCUAUAGUUAGCAUACUCCCAAUUGUUUUCUUUUUUUGGCCUGUUACUGUUACACUACAUUUGGUGCAACAUUUAAGCAACUGAUCCAGACAAUUGCUUAAAACAAGAUAUUUUUUAUCUGUGUCAGGAUGAUUCUCCCUCGGAGGGAUUAUUUUCAUCAGAGAGCAGGAUUUUUUAAACUUUUUGGUAAGUUCCAGUGUGGGUCCUUACACUCAUCAUCAAAGUCAUCAUCCUAGACCUCCUUGUCAUCAAAGUCAUUGUCCAUGCUAUUUUCAAGGAGGAACAGUAAAACUUGCUUGAGUUUUAACCAGAGAACUGCUAUUACUUGAAUUACCUGAAACCACUGUAGUGGGUACAUCAUCAGUUAGUGUUGCAACACUUACAAGUAUAAUGGGAUCAAAACAGCACUGGGUUGCUGUGUUAAAACUGAAUGAGGAGCAUUGUGGGGGGCACUGUAGUCCAGUAUCUCCAUGUUGUUUGAAUUAUCGUUAUCAAGGAUCUUGUUAACGAUGAUUUUAAGGUCAUAACUUAUGGAGAGUUUAGAGAGAAAUAUUGCUUAUCUGCCUCUUUCCUUGAAUUUUAUGGAGUGACCUCGGCCAUAAGGAGCGCUAUGAAGUCUUGGAAACUGAAAACGCCAGAUGGAAAGGAUCAGGGGUUUUCGGUACAAAAACUGAUUGCAGCAACCAAGCCGACUACAUUAGCGUAUAAAAUUCUACUGCAAAAAAAUUCUACUUGCCCCCGAAGGAGUCAAGAAAAAUGGGUAAGGGACUGUGACUUUGUAGUGGUGGAGGAUUUGAGCUGGAGGUCGAUUUAUUUACUACCAAGGUUUUGUACGCUCAGUACUAAGAUAAGAAACUUCCAGUUCAAAUUUCUCCACAGACGUAUAGCAACGAAUUCCUCUCUAUCUAAAAUAGGAAUUUCGGAGACUGCUCUCCGUUAUUUGUGCAAAACAGACAAGGGAACAUUAAUCCAUCUUUUCUCGGAAUGCUCGGUAACAAAAACCUUUUGGGGAAGGGUUCAUUGUUUUUUCGUUUCAGUUCAUUUGAUACCAGCCUCACACGUUUGGAUAUCUCUGAAUGUUUAGGUUUUAAAGGAGAGAAAGAUUAUAUUUUAGUAAGCGUUUGUUUGCUCUUCGCAAGGUAUUAUACUUAUUGCUGUAAAUUUAAGAACAUAUCUCCAUCUGUCAGAGAAUAAGUGUAACAGCUGAAAUAUAAUUUAGAAAUUGAAAAACAAAUAUCCAUCGUGACUGAUUCACAGAAUAAAUUUCAACAGAGGUGGGACAAAAGACUUCAUGCACUAUAAUUGCCAUAUAGUUUGCAGGCGGGCUCCAAAUGUAAGCCCGCUCGCAGGUUAUAUCUUACUCUCCUUAUGCUCAUCUUAAGCCUCUGAAAAUCAAUUUUUGCUAAACCCUGUACUUUUGGGUUUUUUUUCCAAGCUCUAACUCUUAUCUAUCCCACUCACAAUUUAGCCUUUUUGUCUUUCGUAGCCGUUAAUUUUUUGUGAAUAAGUUUCACUUUUUUUUGUGUGUAAAUGAUGUGCCUCUAAAUAUGUACGCAUUAUCGCAUUGUACGUAGUGUAAGUAGAACAAUGUAAGUAGCAAAAAUAUUAAUUGUAUCUUAAGAGUACUGCAAUUAAGUGGUGUAACGCAAUGUUCGUAAAGAGUCCUGUGAAAGGAAUCUUAAUGUAGUUAAUGUAAGUAUCAUGUUGUAAAAAAAACAAAGGUCUCUCUACAGUUGCAUGGUGGGCGAUGCGGAGAAUGAAAUAGGUUGAGAUUGUGAAUGAAUUGUCAAGUUUUUUACGAUUUUCUUGUAUACCUUUGCUAAUAAACUUCCAAUUCCAUUAAUCGGUUCUUUUUGUCUCCAUUUAGUAUUUGAUGAUAGUGGAUAUUUCGUGCUGUAUGCCACAAUGCUAGGAAUUAAAGGUAAGUUCAUCUUGACCGAGGCCGAACGACUGUUAAACAAUAAAUUAAGGAAAGUAUAUGACUGAGAAAAAUACUGGAGUAAAUUGCGAUUGACUACUAAACUACUUCUUGCGACUAUUUGAAGCCGUUUACACUGCAGGGUGGAGAGAUACACAGGGGAGUUUUAGAUCCACAUUUGUCCCUAAAAACGUGUGACCGCAAACAUCCAGAAUUCACGUGACCAGACUUCAGCGUUCACGUUCGCCGUUUGCCGUCCACGUUUGAACUUUGGGCAAAGCAGUUUCAGAUAGUUAAACUCCCUGAAUGCUUUUUUUCUUCCUGUUGGAAAGUUCUCACGUAUGUCCUAUAAUUAUAUGUGAGGUGAAGUCUUUCUUUAUAACCAAUCCGUUUGGGACGCUAGGAAACCAAUCUUUUAGCCACAUAUUUUGUUUGAAAUGGAGGACCUCCGCGAUUUGACGUCAUUAGCCGUGAUGGAUGCUUUCUUUUUACUUCCGUCAGUAUAUCACUGGCUUCUUUCAGUUCUGAUAAAUAAAUUUCGAGACGUGACGUUGAUGUAG